AUGGACUUACAUGCCUUUGGACGUUCCAAGUUUCCCUCUCAAACAAAUAAAGUACGACCGAUGACCUCCGGAAAGGUUGGUUACUUGAACGGAAAAGAAAAUAUGGAACAAACCAUUGACGAAGCUGCCAUAUUGUUUUGUGGGCGAGCCGCUGGACCGCCAACCCGUUUCCACUGGAAGCACGAUUCCGAAGCCACGAAAUGUGCAAUGACAUUUUGUAAUCGCGAGUUUAACUUGUUCGAACGUAGACAUCAUUGUAGACGAUGCGGAGACAUAUUUUGUGGUGCUCAUUGCUCACAUUACAUUCGACUCGAUCAAAAUACGCACUUUAACUUGGCCGGAUUUGCCUCCAGGGUCUGCGAUAAGUGCUACGAUGAUUACAAUAGAUUAUUAUACAGGUGUAAAUAUCCCGAGCCAGCCAUAUAUCACCACAUUGGAUAUUUUGAGGAGGACGAUGUGAGGGAAUGUCGAACCAAUAAAAUGAGCAUCGGCAACGGUUUUGAAGAUAACACAAGGCAUGCCACUCGGGAAGAGGAUAUCCUCAAAGAGGAUUUUAACAAUAUAAAUCCAUACCAACGAAAGCAAUUCGACGUCACCUAUGGCAGAACCCCUACGGUUCCAGCUAACUGGGCUUGGUCAACAUUUUAA